AUGGAUUGGCACAGAGAGAGAAGGGAUCUGAAAGUGGUGGUGGCUGCCGUCGUCUUUCUCCAUCUCGUCUCCAAUUCCGCCGCAGAAUACGAGCUUCCUCGCGUUGUGACGCCGUUUCCUGCCCCGAAGAUUAUGGACCUUCCUCAGUUCGAAGGUGGUCACAAGGAGAGGCUGUAUUGGGGAACUUAUCGCCCUCAGCUCUAUCUGGGAAUUCGCGCCAGGACUCCAAAGUCUUUAAUUGCUGGAGUAAUGUGGAUUGAUGUAAAGGACGGCAGAUAUCACUUACGUCAUGUUUGCAGAGAAGAGGAUGGCCUAAGUACUUAUGGUUGGACAAAGCACAAUGGACGUGAUUUUGGACAUCAAGUACUGAUUGACUAUGGCAUGACCUUAACUACUGAGUUUUUAAAGUCAAUAGAGGAAGGCAGUGGUUAUGGAGGGGAUUGGGUUGUUCGAAUUAAUGCACAAAUUGAUAAGUCCAAGUGGAAUGAGGAUUUUGGGAGAGGUGCCCAGCUUUUUUUCUAUUUGGCUGAUGAAGGUGGUAAUGUUCUAAAUUUAAGUAGAGAAAAACUGAACAUUCAUGAGGAUUCUUUGCUUGCAUCUGGCUCUCGAGCAGACAUUGGAGAUUGGCAGCUACAUUUAAAAUCUAAGGAUGAUUUGGAGCUGCAUUAUUCUGGAUUUCAUACACCACACUUUCACAAUUUAUCUGAUCUUGUUGAAGAAAAUCUUGCAUCACAAAUAAAAAAGCAUGCCCAACUGCAACUGUCCGAUUCAUCAGAUGAUUCUCCAAAUGUGUUAGUUUUUCAGAUUAUUGGUGGAUUUUCAUCCAUAUUAGAUACUAUAUUUAUCUCUGGAACUGGUUCAGAAAGUUCAAGAGUGGAAGAGCGUGUUAGUAGGCUUACAGGAACCUCACUGUCCAAUCAACUGAAAUGUAAAGAACAAGCAUUUGAUGAGAAGUUUGAGAAAAUUUUCAAUUUGGCUGAGAAGGUGAAUUCAGAAUCCAUACCUGUUGGUAAGGCUGCUGUCGGAAACUUAUUAGGUGGCAUCGGCUACUUCUAUGGUCAGUCAAAAAUUGCUCUUUCAAGAAUCCUUAAUCUUAGAGAACAUGUUAAUUAUUUAUCAUAUUGGCCUGCUGAGCUUUACAUAGCUGUACCCUGUCGAUCUUCCUUUCCAAGAGGAUUUUUAUGGGAUGAAGGUUUUCAUCAACUUAUAAUCUGGCGUUGGGAUAUACAUAUUUCUUUGGAUAUCAUUGGACACUGGUUAGAUUUGAUGAAUGUUGAUGGAUGGAUACCACGUGAACAAAUUCUUGGGGCUGAAGCACUGAGUAGGGUCCCAGAGGAAUAUGUUCCUCAGCAUCCAACGAAUGGAAAUCCUCCGACUCUGUUUUUAGCCUUAAGUGAUAUAAUUAAUGGUUUGAAGAAUAAUGACUUUACUGCAAUGGAUAAAACCGAGAUCUCUCUAUUCCUGGAGCGUGCUUUUAUUCGAUUAGAAGCAUGGUUCCAGUGGUUCAAUACAACUCAGUCAGGGAAACAGAUGAGCAGCUACUAUUGGCAUGGACGGGACAAUAGGACAAUACUUGAGUUAAAUCCCAAGACACUGUCCUCUGGUUUGGAUGAUUAUCCGCGUGCUUCACACCCUAGUGCAGAUGAACGCCACUUGGACCUUAGAUGUUGGAUGUUACUGGCAGCAGAUGCUAUGCAUUCCAUUGAAGAAUUGUUGGAUAAGGAAACCAAACCUGGCAAGAAUUAUGGUUCUAUUGCUAAAUUGCUAUCAGAUGUUGAGUUAUUGAACCAGAUGCAUUUUGAUGAUGUAAACGGUGCUUACUUUGAUUUUGGAAAUCAUACAGAAAAGGUUCAACUUAAAUGGAAAGAAAUGGAGGUAGGAGCCAAUCACACUGUUCACCAGCUUGUCCGGGAUGUUUUGGAGAAGCCUGUAUUGAGAUUGGUUCCUCACAUUGGUUAUGUUAGUUUAUUCCCGUUCAUGGAGAGGAUCAUUCCAUCUGGAUCAUGGAUUCUGGAAAAGCAACUUCAACUUAUUUCAAACCACAACCUCUUUUGGACUGACUAUGGGCUACGUUCUCUUGCCAAAACAAGCACCUUGUACAUGAAAUUCAACACAGAACAUGACGCUCCAUAUUGGAGAGGUACAAUUUGGAUAAACAUGAAUUAUAGAAUUCUUGCAGCUCUCCACCAUUACUCUAUAGAGAACGGACCAUAUCAGGACAGAGCUAAAGCCAUCUACAAAGAAUUGAGAAACAAUUUAAUUAGAAAUAUAGUACGCAAUUAUCAAAAGACUGGAUUUUUGUGGGAACAGUACGAUCAGAUUAACGGAAAUGGAAAAGGGGCACAUCCAUUUAAUGGGUGGACAUCGCUUAUAGUAUUAAUCAUGGCGGAAGCAUAUGAUGUAAUUUAGAAUAAUUACAUUACCCAAGCACUUCAGUGGAGUAUUCAAAUCAUGAA